AUGACGUCAAUCACCCAAACGCCAAAUCCGAAACAACCAAAAAAAAAUACCGAGGACAAAGUUAGUCCUACUAAUUCUGAUAUUUCUUCAUCAUCUGGCCAUUCCAGUCAAUCUAGUGAUCAAACUACAUCAACAAUUACCUCCGAAGAUUCAUUGACAAAGGAGUCAUCGGAUGAUAAAACUACUAAAGGUGCUAGCCAAAACCCAUCAAUCGCAUCAGUUUAUGAUAAAAUCUUCUCACCGUCAACUGCCAGCAAUAAUAUAACUGUACCAAGUUCUCCUACUAGUUCAAGCUCUUCUACUAGUCCAAAUUCUCCAACUAAUCCUACUAGUCUACUACCAUAUAAAAAACAUCCAUCAUAUGUUGCUUCAUCCACUGAUAAAAAUAAGAAGCCAAAUUCUGUACAAUUUAUUGAUGAUAACAAUACAACAAAUACAGCAAAUUCACCAAUAGCUAGUAGAAGUCCAUCACGAACUAAUACUCCUUUAUCAUAUGUUGCUUCAUUAACUGACAAAAAUAAGAAGCCAAAUUCUAUACAAUUUAUUGAUGAUAACAAUACAAUGAAUACAACAAAUUCACCAAUAGUUAGUAGAAGUUCAUCACAACUUGAUACUCCUUUGUCAUAUAUUAGCUCAUUAACUAAUAAAAAUAAGAGACCAAAUAUUAUGCAAUUUAAUGAUGGUAACAAUACUGUAAAAUAG